GGUUGCGGAUCCGUGUCGAGCUGCUGUUGCGUUUCCUCAUCGAUCACCGACAACAAAACGUCCGAUUUCAUUCCGCAACCGGUCACAUUUAAACGAUAAAAUGUCAGAUUUUGACAGUAACCCGUUCGCGGACCCGGACUUUAGCAACCCGUUUCAGGAUCCAUCAGUGACACAAGUAACGCGGACUGCCCCUCCUGGUUUGGAGGAGUAUAACCCUUUCACAGACUCAAAACCGUUGCCACAGAGCUCCGGUCCUAAAUCAGUCCCACCCACAGCGAACACACAGCCGGCCAUCAUGAAGCCCACUGAAGAGCCGCCGGCGUACACCCAACCUCAGCAAACACAGGAUCAGGUGCGAGCCCAGGCGGAGUUAUUGAGAAGACAGGAGGAGCUGGAGAGAAAAGCCGCCGAGUUGGACCGCCGGGAGAGAGAGAUGCAGUCGCUCAGCGCAUCAGGAGGGAGGAAAAACAACUGGCCUCCUCUUCCAGAGAAGUUCCCGGUGGGACCGUGUUUCUAUCAUGACAUAUCAGUGGACAUCCCUGUGGAAUAUCAGAAAACUGUAAAGAUCAUGUAUUAUCUCUGGAUGUUCCACACAGGGACGCUGUUUGCAAAUAUAUUCGGCUGUCUGGCGUGGUUUUGUGUAGAUGCAACAAGGGGAGUGGAUUUUGGACUGGCCAUGCUCUGGUUUAUGUUGUUUACACCCUGUUCAUUUGUCUGCUGGUACAGACCUCUUUAUGGAGCAUUCAGGAGCGACAGCUCAUUUAGGUUCUUUGUAUUCUUUUUCAUCUAUAUCUGCCAGUUUGGUGUUCAUGUGCUACAAGCCAUUGGCAUUCAAGGUUGGGGAGCUAGCGGUUGGAUCUCGGCACUGACAGGACUCAACACCAAUAUUCCUGUUGGGAUUAUUAUGAUCCUGAUCGCUGCCCUCUUCACAGCGUCGGCUGUCGUCUCUCUCAUCAUGUUUAAAAAGAUCCAUGCGCUGUACCGGACCACCGGUGCCAGCUUUGAGAAGGCGCAACAGGAAUUCGCCACCGGCGUCAUGGCCAAUAAGACGGUGCAGACCGCCGCCGCUAACGCCGCUUCCAAUGCUGCCCGGGGAGCCUUUAAAGAGCAGAUCUGAGAGCUUUGACCCACCCCUGCUCUCUCUGUCCAAGCUACUCUGACCUCCCAUCCCCUCCUCAUCAUCUCUCCUAACUGUACUUACAGUCAUUCAUAAGCCAUGACUGGCUGCUCAACACCACACCACUCUCAUUGACUUAAUGCACUCCUGUGACUGACUGAGACCCCGCCCCCAGCCCCUCCCCUCUUGUCAAUCAUCAGGUGUGCCCGCCUGGUCUUUACUUUGAGUGUGUGUGGAAUGCCUACCUACUCUCGAGUGUGUGCUUAUGUGUGUCAAGUUGUCACUUUAUUUGUUCACGUCACUGAAAAACAGGAAGUGAUGUCAUCAGAUGUCCGUGUUUGGAUCCAAGGAGAAGAGAACGAUUUUUGCCCUCACAGGUCUGUCUUACCGAUCUGCUUUAUAACAAACACACACGCGCUGAAUCUCACAGAAACACUCCAGAACACGUCCGGGUCAUAUAUAUACAUAUAUAGCAUAUCAUAGAAAUUGGAAAAAAAUAUGAUUCAGAUACAUCAUAGUUAUUUCAAUUUAUGCUGAUGGGUGCUUAAUUGUAAUGAAAAUAAUACCACAAUGUUGGUCUUAAUGCUCAAAUAAUUGGCUUAGUUAUUAUUUUAAUUUUGGAGUGAAGUGUGCCCAACCAUUUGUUUCUCCAAAAAAAAACUUCAAAUGACUUUUUCCUUUAAUUAAGCCAGCAUCAUUACUUGGAGUAUCAGCUCAGAGGGUCUCUAUACCUGUAAAUAUAUAAAUGUACAUAUAUAUAAACGUGUAUGAUGAUAAAGUAUUGACUGAUUUUAAACAUAUGAAUGACAAUGAAAGCUUCCUGGUUUCUUUUCAUAGUCGAAUUGUUGUGGAAUGUAAAUCAAGUCUUUAAUAUAAAGGUAAAACACUCGGGAUGUGAUCCUGCACAUGCAUGGGAAGCCUGCUGACCCGUAAACCGGCUCUCGUUUUUGCCAGGGUUACGUACUUAAAGAUAACACUUUAAUGGGGGUAAAAUAAUAGAAAAGUAAUCUUAACAUCACACCCCCCAUACUGCACAUUGCUGAAGUCACACGACGUGUGUUAGUGUAAGACCUUGCCGUGUUGGGCUGGAUCAGUACCGUUAGAUCACCUGAUGUUGGAUCCUUUAGACUUUAGUCGCGUAGGCGCUGUAUUUAAUGAAAUGAUAGACAGGCUGUUUGUCUUUACACUCUUAAAAAAUAAAGAUGCUUGAUGAUGUCAUAAAAGAACCAUUUUUGGCUAAAUGGUUCCAUGAAGAACCUUUCUGAUUAUAUAAAGGUUUAAAAGAAAAAAAAUAAAGCACCUUUAUUUUAAGAUUGUAUGUAAUUGGCUCAUUUAAAUCAAUUAUAUAAGCUAGUCUUUUAAAUGAUUUAACCACAAAUUUAUUCCUAACUUAAACUGAUUCUGGAUUCCCACAGCCUCUUUCAGAUUAAACAUGACGUCUGCUAUGACUAAAGCUCAUCACAGUGCUAACUGAUUUGUUCGCUGUUGUUUGUCUAUUGGUUUGUCGUUUUGUGUCUGCGUAGAUGUGUGACGCACCUGCUUGCGUCUGAAAUUGUUUUUCCUCACUUUUUUUUAUUAAGUGAAGCAGAAAACCUUGUAGCCUUGGUUACUGUCACCGAGAGACAGACAAGUUUUGUAAUUAUGGGAUAUGCAUCAAGAUUCAAACAUAUCUUGAUCUUAACAUUUCAGCAACAGUCUGUGUGUGUGUGUUUGUUUGAAAUGUGUCUGCAUUAUAACUUUAUAAAUAAAGUUCAUACUGGAAUUCUGUCAACAUACACACAUCCUCAUGUCAAUCCAAACCCUUUUAUUUCUGACAUGCACUGCAAAAAAAAUGAAAAUUCUUCAAUUAAGAUGUAUUUUCUUGAUGAGCAAAAUUACCUAAGGAAAUAAGUUUUUCAUUUAAGUGACUUUGUGCUUAAAACAAGCAAAAAAUCUGCCAAUGCAAAUUUUUAAUAAAUUUUUCUUGAUAUUUUCUUGAAUUAUGUGUUUAAGAAAAAAGUGAAGGAUAUUUUUUUUACCCUAUUGACAGAUUUUUUUUUUUGCUUGUUUCGAUGCACAAAUUCCUUUACAUUGUAUAUUUUUGGUCUAAAAACUAGACUUGUUUUCUGAAAUGAAUUUGUGCUUAAAACAAACAAAAAUCUGAUAAUGGGGUAAGCUAAUUUUUUAUGAAUUGUUCUUGAAUUAAGGGUUUAAAAAAAAUUUAAGAUUAUUUCUUACCCCAAUGAUGAUUUUUUUUCUUUUCCUUUUUGAUUGUUUUAAGCACACAUUCAUUUUAAAAAUAAGUCUAUAGUUUUUAGAACAAAAAUAUACAAUUUAAGUGAAUUUGUGCCUAAAACAAGCAAAAAAUCUGCCAAUUGGGUAAGAAAAAAAAUAUUUUUCUUAAACACUUAAUUCAAGAAAAUUAUUGCUUGUUUUAAGCACAAAUUCGUUUCAGAAAAUAAGUCUAGUUUUUAGACCAAAAAUCUACAUUUUAAAUAAAUUUGUUCAAGUUAAAAAAAAUCUUUAUUGCCUUUUUUAUUAAUUUUUUAAAUUAUAAAUCAAUUGUGAUAUUAAUUGUAGCUUUAUUUGCUCAUUUCAAGCACAAAUUUAGUUUAAUUUUUAAUUUAAUUGUGUGAAAUUCAUUUUAAAUAAAUUUGUUCAAGUUCAAGAUUUUUUUUUUCUUACCCUAUUGGCUUUUUUGCUUGUUUUUAGGACAUAUUACUUUAUUUGUGAAAUUAAUUGUGUUUUUUUGCUCAUAUUAAGCACAAAUUCACUUUAAUUGUGAAUUUAAUUGCAAAAUUUAUUUUAAAUAAAUAUGUUUAAGAUUUUUUUCUUUACCUCAUGGCUAUUUUUCGUAAGCACUAAUUCACUUUAAUUGUAUAUUUUUUUUUGUCUAAACACUAGA